AUGACCUCUUCCACUUGGCUUCCAUCUGAUUUAAUCGAAUGGUGGGGUCAAACCUCCGUUGUGGUUGAAAAUUGGCUCUAUAUUGAUGGUGGUGAGAUAUGGGCUAAAUCUCUCUCCGCAAAUAACUCGGGGGUACCCCUCCUAUGCAGCUUUUCAAUCAAUUUAUCUUCAUCCUGGAAUACGAGUAACUAUGUCGCCCAAAUAUUUGCCCUUCCAGAUUUUAGUCGGGUCGGACCAAAAGGAGCAGACAUGAUGACAAGAAGCCCAACCAUGUGGUAUGAUCCAGUCCAGAAAUCCAUCUUCAGAUUCGGUGGUUGGUCUUUUUACAGCCCCCCUGUAGCAGUAUAUGCAUUUCCUGUAGAUGAUAAAGGAAGUGUCAGUUGGACUGUGAACUACACUGGAGCUACUCCAAAUGCAUAUUACAGUUUAGGUGGCAACAUGGUUGGAUCAACCGAUCCGGGACUUGUAGGGCUAGGAAUCAGCACGGUACCAUUGACAGGCAUGGUGGAGUAUAAUUUCGAAAAUACACAAUGGACCAACUCGAGUAGUACAAAUUAUGGCGGAACAGUAUUUGGUGGGCACUCAGGUUUCGGAUCGGGAGGGGAAGGUUUAUACGUACCCAUCUUUGGACAGGAGGGAAAUAUUAUCUUUUUGGGUGGAGAUGCUCCAUUCACUCAAACAGUAUCGUCAAAAGGCUCCAACCCGGUCCCCAUGAAUCAGAUUACCAUCUAUGAUAUUCACACUCGGGAGUUCUAUUUGCAGAAUGCAGGAGGUGAUAGUAUUCCCUUUCCGAGGACAAACUUUUGUGCAGUUGGAGCAGGUUCUUCGGAUAAUUCGACAUGGGAGAUAUUUAUAUAUGGAGGUUUUCAUUUGGGGGAUAUCAAUAGCUUUGGUCUUGAUAAAGUGUAUAUUCUCACGCUUCCAGCAUUUCAGUGGGUAGAAACCCCAGCCACGGGAGGUACAGUACGAAGCGGUCAUCAUUGCCAAAUAAUCGGACAGCGACAAAUGUUAAGUAUAGGAGGCCAUGGCAAUGAUUUCGAUAGCCAAGAUCCUUGGACAAGCGGGAUGGGAAUAUUUGACAUGACGAAAUUGACUUGGGGAUUCAAUUACAACGCAAAAGCUGCACCUUAUACUCCUCCCGCUCUCGUCACCAAUUACUAUAAUGCAUCGAGUCGAUUCCCAGUUUUCAAUAACGCAAGUCUGGCCGCAAUUAUCAACGUUACGGCGACCGGAGCAUCUGUAUCCCUCGACAACUCGACAUCAAUUCCUUCCGCUACGAAUACUUCUACAACCUCCGGAGAAAACUCAAACACGCCUAUCACAUCACAAAGGUUGAACACUGGCGCCAUAGUAGGAGGUAUAGUGGGUGGCGUCGUAGUGGUAAUUCUCCUAACUGUCUUUGGAUAUCUAGUCUGGCGACGGCGACAAAAACGACAAGUAAAAAUUGGUACCACGUUGAAAUCUGAGACUUCCUCAGUUUCUCCUGCUCAAGCUAUAGGUUUGCAAGAAAUGGACGAGCAGCCUUGGAUCGCGGAACUUAAUGCUGGAUUACGGCCAGAGAUGGAUGAGCAAAGGAGGACAGUGGAAUUGAAUGGGAGUGUUGUACUGGAAAUUGAUGGCACUGGCAUUGCUACUAAGAGAAGCAGGAGGGGUUGA